AUGGCUAGCCUCCGAGACAAAUUACGCAAACGCACUACGACUCGCCCCGAAGUAGACAUGGAAGAUCUGGGAUACUUGACAGAUCCUCAAUUGCCCUCGCUAACUAAGGAUCGAUAUGGCAUGGCAGAAAAAUUGAAAGCCAAGCAACACUCCCUACGCCGGCGUUUCGUGCUGGGUCUCGAUCUCUGCGAGGAAAAACAGGAUCCACAGCCAUCCUUAAUUCGAAAGGGCAUCAACUCCCUCUCGUCGUCUUUAAGAGACCGAUUUUCCUCGGAUACUUCUACUGACAGUGAAGGCCAGGGCCGCCGCCCGUCUGUCAUACGGAAGAGCAUCAGCUCUAUGUCGUCGUCACUCAGGGGUAUUCGCUCUUCUAUAAGCUCUCGACCAUCACAAGAUGGAUCAACCGAAUAUCACACCAGUCCAGAAAAUACGGGUAAGUUGGUCAACUUUCAAGGUAUUCCAAGGCGCAAUAGCUUGGGUCAUAUAUCCAGCACGUCAUCCGGCCAGGAUUCUGUUCCUCGACUUCCUGCUCUAGACACGAUGGUUGCAAACAUCAAAUUAGAGGAAAUGUUUACUGGGGACCGAUCACCAAACACGGUCUUCAAUAUGAGUAUAUUCGAUAGCCUCGAUAGACCUUAUAUGGCAAACCCGAGUGACAAAGCUACGACAGGACAGGAAGAGCCAAUAGCUAAGCAACCUUCUCCCAUUCCGGAACGUUUCCCAGUCCGAAUUAAGCGUCCCGAUCCAGCAGUUGCCGAGAGAACAGCAGGACCAAGAGUCAGUCAAGAGGAUGUUCCGACUAUCGCGAGCGAUCAGGGUUCUACAGAUUGUCCAGCGCAAAAUAGUGUCAAGUUGAACGGGACACCUACGAACUGGAAGGUUCCCAUGCACCGGAUUGAACGCAUACUAGAGACAUCAGUAACCAUGCGAGAACAAGGGUACCAACUAUACAAGCCGGUCCCUGACUGUGAGAUCAGGGAAAGGAUUCGGCGUUUAGAGACUAGGGUAUACGUUUUUAUCCCCGACGAAAGCGACAAUAGCAAGCCAUGGCCAAGAAGAUGCUAUUCUGAUCUCGAGACUGCCCUCAAAGAUUUGUGUGCCCGAUUCAAGCCGUACUACGCCAGCUUUGCAGCCUUCACCCCCGAGGCUCGCACUAUCCAACUUUUCCCGUCCAACUUCAGACUGCCACAGGGAAUGGGCCUUAUACCGGGGACAAUCAUCUUUAACAUACAGGAGGCAGUAGAUAAUUGGUACGUCGGUUCACCAAUCGAUGGACCAGGCGAAGAAGAGGAAGAAACAAAGGAGUCAAUGACUACGCAGACUACGCGGACGGACUCCAGCAUAUCCACGGAACCAGAAAUAUACACAAUGCAAGAAUACAAACGGCCUUACGUGUACGAUACUGACAAGGCGUCCCUGGAUGACGGCAUACGGGAGCCUGGGAUAUCUGCUUUUGCUAAGCACAAGCUAGGAAGCUCGGAAGAAUCGUUGCUAACUGACGAUUAUGAUAUGACUAUAGCAUCAAAAAUGGGAUUCAUCCCCUGA